UUCUUGAAAUGAGCUAGAGCAGCACUGGAUUUUUGCGGGCUGGAUCUAAACGCACUACAAUGAAGAUACUGGUUUUAACUGGAGUGUUCUCUCUUACCUCAAGUCUGUUUGUGGCAGCUUCAGAAUCUUCCCACAAUAACUCUGCAAUUCAAACUGUGUCUCUUAUCAAGACUUUUCGUGGAUAUUCCAUCAGAGACUACGAUUAUAUUCCCCCUUAUGCUAUAGAAGGGGAGACAACAACCGCUCGCACCAGAGAGCACAAAUGCUCCUCAAAAGAGCCAAAUGACUCAACUUUAACAGAAGUUAACAAUACAACCUUGGAGUAUCUGACUAGUUCUCUUAGCACCAAGCUAGUCCCCACUGUCUACCUCAGUGCUGUCCUAUUAGGCGUGCCAUCUAAUGCCAUUAUUCUGUGGAUGCUGCUUUUCCGAAUCCGAUCGGUGUGCACUGCCAUCCUCUACACAAACCUGGCCAUUUCAGACCUGCUUUUCUGCAUCGUUUUGCCUUUCAAAAUAGUCUAUCACCUCAAUGGGAACAACUGGAUUUUUGGGGAAAUGAUGUGCCGGACCACCACGGCCGUGUUUUACGGCAACAUGUACUGCUCCAUCCUGCUGCUCACGUGCAUCAGCGUGAGCCGCUACGUGGCCAUCGUGCACCCCUUCACGUACAAGAGCCUGCCCAAGCGCGCCUACGCCUCGGCCGUCUGCGCCGCCGCGUGGGCCGCCGUCUUCCUCUACAUGCUGCCCCUCUGCCUCAUGAAGCAGAGCUAUUACGUGAAGCAACUGGACAUCUUCACCUGCCACGACGUGCACAGCGCCUGUGAAACACUAUCAGCCUUCCAAUUCUACUACUACAUUUCCUUGGCUAUCUCUGGAUUUUUAAUACCUCCUGCAAUUAUCAUUUUCUGCUACAUCUCCAUCAUACAAACACUCAAGACUCAUGAAUGGUUCUGGUAUGUUAAAGUUAGUCUUCUGAUCCUGACUAUCUUUGCUAUUUGUUUUGUACCAAGCAACAUUAUCCUCAUUGUCCAUCACAUCAACUAUUACUACUAUAACACAGACAGGUUGUAUUCUUUUUAUCUAAUCGCUUUAUGUCUUAGCAGCUUAAAUAGCUGCCUUGAUCCUUUCCUGUACUUUCUCAUGUCCAAAAUUAGAAGUCAGUCCAACACCUACCUAACAAUGGUUAAAGUAUCUAGGGAAAAAUGAAUUUAGUUCUAUAUUUAUUAUUGUUGGAAUGAUUUUGUACA